GCUCUCAGCUGAGCUCUUCACACACACCGCCACACACACACACACACACAGUCUCUCCAACUCACUCAAACCUGCCCUCAGACACGCUGCAGCACUCGCUUCAUCACUCGCUCAGCUGACAUGCGUGAUGGUGAACCGUCUCCUCACGGCAAAACACUAGAGGAAGAAAACCACUAACUCCUUCUGACAAACCAUCCAAAGGAAUAUUUCAGUCUGAGUGACGGAACGGGAGCUCUCCAGCUCCAGCUCCCAACACCGGACCCCAUCCCAAAGAGCAGCAGAUGUGACAGAGGAGGAGGAAACCCGAUCCUCCUCACCCCUCCUCAUCCUCGGGAACAAUACCAAGCCUCCAGCUGGAGCGGGUCAGCUUUUGUCCUUCUCCCCAGGCUGAGAGCAGACAGACACGCUGGCACGUUGACCCGCCGCAGAGAGGAGAGGCGGGUAGAAACAGCCCGCUGCGCUCUGCUCGCUGUGAUUCAGUACUUGGACAGUUCCUGAGCGAGGAAUCCUGGGCUUUCAGGAGAGCGAGGAGCAGGUGUUUGAUGAGGGACUGAAGCAGAUAGAGUUUGGAGAUCAGCAAUAAAAAAUGCAGCCACUUCAGCUUGACCGCAGCGAUCCAUCCGGACCGCUGGGAUCGCCGAACACCACCGCCAGCCUGCAGAAGCUGAGAGAAAAGCAGCUGUUUGAGAAGUUCUGGAAAGGGACUUUCAAGGCUGUGGCCACUCCUAGACCAGAGAGCGUGAUCGUGGCGAGCAUCACCGCCCGCCGCCGAGUCGCUGACUCAGAAACGACGACAGCCUGCCAGCCACUCCAGAUAGAUCAUGAGAAAGCGUCUGACACACAGGCGGACAGCGCCGACAGAAAUGGCUGCAUCAAAGGAAAUGGACGUAAACGCCACCGCCACCGCAGGGCCAGAAUCCACUCCUUUGAUGAGGCUUUCUCCCCUCGACCAAAGGGAAGGAAGAAGAAGAGAAAGUCUGAGAGGAAGAGGAGAAGAAAAAGGUCUCCUUCUCCCAGCCUGUCCCCUGCAAGAAAGAAGAAAAAGAAGAAGAAGAAGAGCUCAAAGAAAAGCAGGAGGCACAGGUACACCUCCAAGAAGUCGAAACGCAGCUCUGCCAGUCUAAAACGUAAGAGGAGAGAUGAACGCCGACACAAGAAAAGCUCCCGGACCCGCUCUCGACACAGACAGCAGCAUCGGAGGUCGGAGUCACACUGUUGCUCCUGCAGAUCCUUCACAGAGGACAGACACCAUCUGCAAAGGUCUGAAGCUCAUCAGGCUUUAGGAGAGCUGAGAGCUGUCGAAGAGGAAACCGGAGCAGCGCUGCACUACGAGGACACAAACUGGAGACGAACGACCAAAUCUGUGUGUAAAACGGCUCCGAAAUAUCGCUCCAUCCUCUCAACCGGCACCAUUUUGCCCUUAAAGCCUGGAAGCAAACGUUUGAACGGGGGUGGAUCUCGGGAUUUAUCUGGCCACGUUGAAGGUCCUCGUGAUUAUGACUCUGGGAAUGACACUUCUUCACCUCCAUCCAGCAAAACGGGCGUUUCUGCCCCCGAGAACAAGAGGGGCCUGUGCCAGCGUCGGGCCUCGCUGCCGGUGAAGCAGACACUUUCCUACAAAGACAGCAGCUCAGAUUCAGGGAACUCUGUGACGAGCUACGCUUCGUCGUGCAAACCGUACGAGGAGGACAGCUUCUCUGCAGCCGUCCUCCGAGGAAACAGCAAAAGCAGCGAGCAGAUGACCUUGGGAUGUCAGGUGGAGGUCGUGAGAUCCCCAAAGAGGACGAGCCGGUCGUCUGGCAGACGGCUGAAGAGCCACUCGUCCAGCAGCAGCAGGAGCAGGUCCUCGGGGAGUUUCAGACACUCUGGGCGCUACUCUCGAAGCCCCUCGCUGUACUCUUGCAGCUCAUACUCUCGUUCUCUGAGUAACUCUUCGGGUCUGAGGAGGAGAGGCAGCCUAGUCAGCCUGAGCUCCAGAGGAAGCUACUCCAGGUGCAGCAGUGACAGACUUCCAGACAGAAAAAGGCCACCGAGCUCCAGACAAACGGAUAAAAAACGCAGACAUAAGGCUAGAGGGAAGAGACAGAGACGUAAAUCCUACUCGCCGAUGAAGAAGAGGAGGAGAGACUCUCCCAGCCAUCUGGAAGCACGCCGCAUCACAAGUUUAGGCCGUUUGAUCCGGGUGUUUACCGACGGCUUCACAGGAAUCAGGGAAAGGCUUUUGGCUCUGAUCUCAGCACUCCAGAAGGUGGAGAUCAAACGUGUCUCCUCACCGCAGCAAACCACCUGUCAGCCCAAAUGUCAGAUUCAUUCCUCCUCUGAUCGAGUGGGGAACCGUUCAGAACAUCUGUCUGUAGCACAACAGAGGACGUAUCAGACGAGGUUCUUCCCUAAGCCGCACCGCCGGCCCGGCGACGGCGCUGAUUGAUCUGCUUUGAGGGAAAAUGAUGCUUUGUAGGAAUAAUGCAGAUCAGUCUGAGUUCUGCUGCGGCUUUACUGGAUACAUCUCUCCUUUUAGCUCACUUUCAACACAAGCUGAUCCUCUUUCUGCUCCAGGGGGUCAAAACGACCCUCCGAUGAACAGAUUUAGCUCUCGUUAGGAUUUUUCUUUUCCUGAAACUGGAACUAAACUUAAAAAUGAACAGCUUUUAAAACGCGCGUCAGCAUCAAAACACUCAUGACCUGUUUACCAUUUAUGGGCGAGACCGCAUCGAUGUUUCUAUGCAAACUUUGUUAAGAGGUUUUAAGACUCUAUUUAUUUAUUUAUUUAUUUAUUUAUUUAUUUAUCUGUAAACCGUUUGGGGGUCUCGCCAUCUCACGAACAAACGCAGAUGUUCGGGGGAGGAAAAGUGAUGUUUCUGUCUGACUUCUUUGCUUUUCGUGUCGCCCGCCAGCCACAGAUGGAUGCAGAGCAAACACCGCGGACUUAGCUGAUGCAACGGUGCGUCUCCUUCUCGGAGUUCGCUCCAGAGACACGAUAAUUAUGGCUGCUCCACAAUGAGUCGGUGAAAUAAUCCCCUCCCAGUGUCAGGAACAACCGGGCCGGCAGCAGAGUGGAGCGAGGCGACGACUUUAAACCGGUUUCACACGUUUAAGCCAAACACUUCCUGUCUGGGUUUACUCGGUGGUCGGCUACAAAACGUCUGGACAGAGGUGGGCAUCGGUCAAAGAGGCUGAUUGGUUUACAGCUGUUAUGAAAGCCAACACGAAGCCACUGCUUCAAUAAGAAAAGUUGGGCGAAAUAAGCAACAUCAAAUUCUACAGAGUUGCGGUUUGAAUCCAGACUUUGCAUCAAAAUUAAGUUGAACCCAAGGAGGAAAGAAAUCGGGACAAACCGCAGCUAAAGCUAAACAUGUUGUUCUGCGGGUCGGCGUAGCCACGCCCCAUUAGAGCCUGAGCAGGUCUACCAUUGGACCAAACUGUUUGAGGUUGGGCCAAUCACAGCGCUCGAUGUUUGUAGGGAGACAUUAGACAGGCGUAGCACCAGAGCUGCAUCGGAAGAAAAACUACAAAGAUGGAGUCUGGUCAUUUGAAUCAGCUUUGGUUUCAGCCGUGGACGAUUUAGUCUUGGACUUUUCUUUGAGACAUGAGCAGAUAGAGGUUCUUCUUCUUUGGCCGUGUACAACCGACUGCCCUGCGCAUCGAUAAAAUGAUGAAUACGUUGCUCUGACUGGUCCUAGCGCUGAUCAGCGGCGUGCAGAGGGUUAAUGUACGAGUCGUAGCCCGCCAGGCUAUGACCCAAAGCACAUUUUUGUUUAGAACGUUUUCCAUGCAUGUUGUUGAGAGACGAAAACUAGACCCUUUUAAAGUUUCAGAUCCAUGAAAAUGAUUUUCCGAAUAUGUUUUUAUUUAUUUAUUUAUUUGACAGACGCUUUUAUUCAAAGAUGUACAAUUGUUAGCCAACUGGGCGUGAUGUGAUCUGUGGGGGAAACCGGAGUACCCGGAGGCAACCCACGCACGCAUGGGGAGAACACGCGACUUCACGCAGAAAGGCCACCGCCGAGUUUGGAACCUGCAACCUUCUUGCUGCGAGGAAACUGUGCUAACACCUGCGUCACCGUGCAGCCCAAAUAUGUAUUUUUGAGUUUUUCAUACAAGCAGCUAAAAAUAAAACAAUCAUUCUGAAAACCCAUUUUAAUGAUUUUAUCAAUUCAAUUCAAAAAUACUUUAUUAAUCCCAGAGGGAAACUGAUUGCCGUCGUAGCUCAGAAUAAUAAUAAUAAUAUCAGAUUAUGAUCAAUCACUAUGAGUGUUUCAUGCAGGCUGAACAUGGAAAUAGUCUCCUACACCUAUCUCCUGGAUCAGAAAAGCCUGACAGAUCUACGUCACCCUGUCACUAACAUUCAUGGACUCACCCAUCUGGACUCACGACGGGGAAGGCUGUCGUUGGUUCAGCGUCCAGGAAACAGCAGAGAACGUCUCGACUAGUGGAAGCUAAUGUUAGCGUUAGCAACUCCACCACACAGCAGAACUCCUCCAGGCUCGUGUUAUUUGUGGAAAUAAAACAUCAACGUUGCAAAGCAAGCAGAGUCAGUGAGUUGUGUUGCUGUUAGCCAAUCAGAGAAGAGAUGUCCAAAUAUCAGAGAAUAGGGCUGGAACAUGCUUGCUGCUUAACGACGCGUGUGUUUACAAUGGCUGCCACGCGUAACUCGCGUUGAUUUGAAACAUUGUUGGUGCACGUCCCCUGGAAUUAAUGCAACGCGUUUGAACGCUGCUAUAUACGAGUAACCAGUAGGUGGAGUUGACAAAACGAGCGAGACACACUCCCCAUGGUGACUCCGUCUCUGGUUUAGAGGUUUUUACGCUACGAUGACGCUGCCUUUUUCUUUUCUUUCUCAAAAUUAACCCGUUACUGAUCUCUUCUAUUGACGCCAUGUUUGUUCUGGUUGUACCCACUCUCUGUUGAGUCAUCUAGUGUGCCCCCUAGUGGAACACUCCAGUGCUACCUGCAGUGCAGCGUCGUGCAGAACCACGUGCGUGAACAAAGACGCUUCCUGCGCUAUCACCGAGGUUAAAAACAAGUAUGUCCCGACCGUGAGACUCCAUAUCCUGCCGUCCGAAGCGCAGCUCUGAUUUGGCUCACUUGUAAUUCCUGAAAAUGGUGCACCGGAGCUUUGUUUCUCCAGAUUACGACUUACAAUGCAUUAAUUCUUACUAGAGACCACCGCAAAUAUAUUCAUUAAACGAGUGUUAAGCACCUUUAAGUUACGGUUGAUUGUGAGUAACGUUGACUUAACCCCGCUGCCCAAUAGCGAGUCUUUAAACGGCACAGGAAGAAAUAUUGGAAAGUAAAUUUUUAAAAGGGGUUUCAGAUUUAUAAAAUGAUGAUUUGGUAAGUUUGCAGCAAAUAAAAUAAAUCAUUUUGUAAAACAAAAGUCUACUACUACUUUACUUUUCCUAAAAGUGUUGUGACACAAACCCACCUUCAUCCCAACAACGUGACUGACUGAUGAAGCUGUUACGGCCAAUGAAACAACACAUUUCAGCUGCUGGAACUGUGUUUACCAUUAAGCCAAGGUUGUAUUUCCCUCUGACCAGAUCAACACGUCAUUUUUACCACAGGAAAGAAAAUCCCUUCAAAGUAAAAUCCAAAGAUAAACUGCUGAUUUAGAUUUCCUCACGAUUUCAGAUCCCUGGCUCUGUGUGUGUGGCGCUCCAGGCCUGACAGACUGCACUCAGCUUAUUUCCCUAAACGCCACCUAAACUGGACAAAUGAGGGAAUACGACACUAAAAAAGGAAAGAAAAGUUAUCAUAUAAUGUGAGGAAGGCUGGAGUGUAAGCGACUGGGAGAUUUGUGCCGCAGUUAUGACCCUGAUCCUUAUUUCUGCAUCGUUUACAUCAGAUCUUGUUGUGAAGAGGCAUCAUAAUUGUAUAAACAGAACCGAUGUGUGCUGAUUGUAUGUGUAGACCCUGACUGAAGGCCUUCAUGAUUUUAUUUCAUUCCUGGUUGACAGCAGUGGUGACCCACGUGAUCCAUUCUGCGUUUCUGAGCCCAUUUCCAGCAGAGUGCUGAAGCUUUUACUUUUCAUACUGCACGUGCAUCAGUGUGUGAACCACAUUGUAAUAAAGUUUCACCUGGAAAAACCCAGAAA